ACUACAUGCUAGUGUUGGCAGACCUGUUUGUUGCCUCAUCACUCCAGUACGUACACAGCACUUCACAGCUGGUCUGGUCACAAGACUUGGGAGCCAGAGACGUCCGAAUUGUGAAUCGUAAAUUAUUUCAGUUGUUGUAGUGUCUUCUGGAAGAGAAGAUGGGGUUGCAAGGUGUGGGGUUUAUAGGCUUAUGCCUAUUAUUUGUUGGAACAGUACAGUCUGCAUCUAUUGAAAUCAUAGACUCUUCGCCUCCUGUGAAUUCCAGAUUUUGUGUUAGGGGUCCUUCGUAUUGGUGUAAAAAUAUCACUACUGCAAAAGACUGCAAUGCAGUGAAACAUUGCAUUCAGACAGUGUGGGAACAACAGACAUUGCCUGCUGAUAACGAUAAUGUGUGUCAAAUAUGUAAAGAUAUGGUUGCCCAGGCUCGGGCACAGCUUGAAAGUAAUGAAACCCAGGAAGAAUUACGAGAGGUGUUUGAAGGAUCAUGCAAACUAAUUCCUAUAUCGAUUGUACAGAAAGAAUGUAUCAAACUGUCUGAUGAGUUUAUUCCUGAACUUGUUGAGACACUUGCAUCUCAAAUGAACCCCCAAGCUGUCUGUGCUGUUGCUGGGUUAUGUAAUAAUGCACGCAUUGAUGCAUUAUUGAGCUCUUCAAGUGACAGCAACUCCGAUGAAAUAUCAAACGAAAUUACAUCCCCUGAGAAGUGCCAUGACUGUUCGUUUGUUGCUAGACAGAUUGAGCAAAAUCUGCUGAGAACUCCGAAAGAAACAAUUUUAAAUAAUUUUGUUGAGGCUUGUGGAAGACUUGGCAGUUUCUCAGAUGGCUGUGCUGCUGUUGUGAUCACUCAUUUUGAAUCUCUCUAUUCACAUUUAAUGAAGAACUUCAAUGGUGAUGGUCUUUGUCAUUUGUCUGGAAUGUGUCAAUUUAAGUUCCACACUCACGAACCUGACGAAACUAUUGAAGGCAUUGAAGUGGUUCAUACAUCAUCGGUUGGUAUGUUGAAACCUGAGAAGAAGGAUGGAGCUUGUGAAAUGUGUCAACAAUUGGUUUUGCACCUUCGGGAUUUCCUUGUUGCUAAUACUACAGAAACCGAGUUUGAACAGGUUCUGAAGGGGCUUUGUGGACAAUUCAAGUCUUUUAAAGCACAGUGUUUGAGCAUUGUGGAAGAGUACUAUGCUGUCUUUUAUGACUUUUUGGUCAGUGAAUUGGAUGCUAAAGGUGCAAAAGAAUUAUGCAGUCUUCUUGCAAUUUGCAGGCCUCCAACUGUGAAAGGGGGUCCUCUCUGGCCACUGGUCCCCACCGAGGCAGUCCACAAUUAUGAAGCACACAAGGCUGCAGCUGGUAUUCCAGAAAGUCGUCCAAUUGUUGGUCAAGAUGAAGCUAACAGUAUGAAUAUCCUACACAGGGUGCCUCUUAAUGGUGAUGGUGUAGGUGUCAGAAUUGCUGAUGGUAAUUCAUGGGCUGCUCCUUUGCCAGUUGAGAGAAUGCUGCCUCAGAGUGUCACAUAUGUUUCCAACAAACAAUUAUGCACAUUCUGUGAAUAUUUACUGCAUUACCUUCAAGUUGCUCUGACUUCCCCUGCAACUGAGUCUGAAAUUCGCAAAGUUGUUGGUGAAGCUUGUGAUCAUCUUCCUCACACCAUUGAUGAUCAGUGUCGCUCAUUCGUUGACACUUAUGGUGAUGCCCUUGUGGCUUUGUUGGCUCAAGAAAUAGAUCCAUCGCAGGUGUGUCCAAAACUUGGUCUGUGCCCUGAGUCUCAAGUGCUGGUGGACUUAACACAUGUUGUCAAUGAUAAACCAACUUGUCCUCUGUGCCUCUUUGCUGUUGAAGAAUUAGUAACUAAACUCAAGGACAAUAAAACUGAGGAGGGAAUAAGGAAAGCAUUGGAUGAACUGUGUGAAGAUCUUCCCAAAUCCUUGGUUGGUGAAUGUCGCACAUUUGUAGAAAACUAUUCUGAGGAAUUGGUGGAUAUGAUAGUGGCAGAUUUCACUCCUCAGGAAGUGUGUUCAUAUUUGAAACUGUGUGAUCCUCCUUCCAUUUCAUCAGCACCUGUUUCUUCAGUUGAUGAAAUUAUGACCAAUGAUGUUCAGUUACCAAUAAAGAGAUUAUUGCCUCAAACAGUUGUUAAUGCAGAGCUAGAACAAAUGCAAUCAAAUGUAGAAGAUUCCACAUCUUGUGUUUUGUGCGAGUUUGUGCUUUCAAAGAUUGAUUCUGCCUUGAAAGAUAAAACAACUGAGGAUGAGAUUAAACAUGUUGUUCACGAUGUAUGCAAUUGGAUGCCUAAAACUGUGGUUGCCGAGUGCAAUAAGUUUGUUGAUCAGUAUGCUGAUCUUGUUAUUACUUUGUUGGCACAAAAUAUUGAUCCGAAAGAAGUCUGUACAGAAAUAAAACUCUGUGCGUCGAAAUUGCAACAUGUUCCAGAUAGCUCAUUGGAUCAGUGUGUAAUGUGUGAUGCACUUAUGGGUGCACUGGAAGGUGCAAUGCAAGAUCCUACUAUUGAUAAAGAUGCAGCAAAGGCUUUACAGAAAAUGUGUACUUUAAUCCCAAAGAAGGAUGAGGAUAAGUGCAAAUCUAUGGUUAAAAUUUAUGGACCAAGCAUUCUGAAUCUCUUGGCCAGAGAAACUCCAAUCAAUUACAUUUGUGAGAAACUUGGUCUCUGCCCUCAAAACAGACAAGUUGUUGGAUUGCUUGGUGGAAAAAGGUGUACUUGGGGACCAGGAUAUUGGUGUCAAUCUGUCUCUCAUGCUAAGGCAUGCGGGGCAAUUGCUCAUUGUCAAGAAAGAGUAUGGAAAGCAGAUAAGCCAGCCGAGUAGUGAAAAAUAAGGAGACUGAAAUAAUUUUGUUUUGUAUGUGUGUGUGUGUUUUUUUUUAAAGAAAGAAGUCUAUUCAGUCAAGGCACUUGUGUUGUGAUUUAAUUUUUGAAUCUUGAUAUAUUUCUUCUGAUAAUUUUUAACUAAUGUGAAUGUGUACUGUGAUAAUGAUCAACUAGUUAUUCCAAUUAGUUUUAAUCUUUCCCUACACUGAAAUGAUUGAACAUUGUUCUCAAAUGUAUUUAAAAUUAUUCCUUGGAAAUAUAGAUACUUUUAUUGUACAUGAACAAAGAAUAAAAGUAUAAAACUGGC